AUGUCCCAUAUCAAGUUGAAGGAUUUUAAUACCAAUACCAAAGAAGAGAAAGAACAAGCGAAAAAAAGAGUUAUGGAACUACUUGGAAUUACUGUCAAAAACGAGCAAGACAUCAAAAUUUCUGUACAAAACCUUUCUGGAACCGUACAAGAACCAGAAACAACUCAUUCUGAGACAGCCGAAUGGAAAACCGCUAUGCCAACCAAUGGAGAAGAAGAAAUUGAUAGCAAGUCGGGAACCCUGGCAAUUUGGGAAUUGUGCGGAGACCAACGCAUGGUCACAUCUAGCAUCUUGCAAACACGAUCUACCAAUCAGUUCCCUUUCAAUCAAGACAGAAACACAGGCAAUGAUACCACCUUGCAAAAAUUGCAGGUUGAUUACACAGAGUUCUCCAAAGAUCACCUUGUUAACAUAUUAAAGAAGGAUUACUCAUUUCAUGAUGAAACCAAUAUCAAUGUCCUAAGUGAUCGUGAGAUAAAUAAGUUUUCCAAAGUUUAUGGUAUCACUGAUGUCCACCCUAUACUUUCAUAUGAUGAUUUUGUAUUUUGGCUAGAAGAUAAUAAUGGUAUAAUUUAUAUAUGGUCACGAAUGGAAAAUAGCAUUAUACUCGGAGGACAUGAUUUAAGAGAGGCUUUGAUGAAUUUUCUUUUUUACCAGGAAAAUCUUCGUUAUAUCGAUGAGUACACCCAUAAAUUGGUACCACUAGAUGUAGCUGACCGCGAAGCUAAAGAAUGGGCAGAGUCGUGUGAGUAUGCUGAGACUUAUGUUAUAACUGAAGAAUCAAAAAGAAAAAGAAUAAAAAUAAACACUAAUAUAGAAAUAAUUGACUAUUAG